AUGCCGAGAUUUGAAGACCACGAUUGUAUGCUCACAAACUUGCAAGAAGACGUGGUCGCUCAUUUCAUGGAGAGCGGAAUCUUCAUCACUUGGCGAAGAAAGUUACGCUCCUUAUGUAUGAUCAGUAGGAACCAUCCUGAGACAUCGAGGUAUUUUAAGUCCUACGCUUCGUGCCGCAACGAAGAAGUGAGGCACCUGGUACGCCACAACCGUAUGAUACACCCGUUCAGCUUGAUGAGUUUGUACUGGGAGUUCUUCACGUUCUUUCUGUUUACCGCCCUGUACGCGGUUGUUCCCAUCGAUGCGUCCGUACUAGUCAUAGGACACGACCAUGAUAUUUACUUGGUCAAGUUCGGUUUGGACCUGAUGCAUAUGGUUGAUAUGGUGAUGAUAUUUUUUACUGGUUUCUAUGACGAGGACAAGAGCAAAGUGAUUUUUACUCCUGGCAAAAUAGCUAAGAGGUACCUAAAGACUUAUUUUAUCUUCGACGUACUGUCUUGCGCGCACUCCCUUAUGUUGCCGAUCAGGUUAUCCGUAAACGUCGGCGUCGUAACCUCCCUGAUCAUCAGGACAUUCGGCAUUCUGAAAAUCAUCAGGAUAACCAGAUGGCUGAGGGUGACCGAGUUAUUUCGACAGUAUAUGGGAUACACCAGUUACCUCUUCAAAGGCGUUAGGGUGAUCCUCGUCUUCCUCGUGGUGAUGUUCUGGGCCUUCGCCAUUAACUUCUUCGUAGAAAAUUUCCUUACCCAGUACCAUGUGUCGAUCCACACACCGGAGAAGGAUAUCUUUGAGAUUUUUUUCGACGCCACCACGACCCUCAUGAUAGUCAGCAUUCUGAGGGACAAUAUGACACAUAUCCUCGAGUACAUCAACACCCUCAUCUUCAUCUGCUUCGGAUUCGGUUUGCAGCUGUUUGUGUACGCCCAGAUAAUACAAGUCUGGAUUAAAUACGCGAAUGCAGACCACAAACGUUAUUCCUUGCAUAAACAGUUUAAGGAAUAUAUGAAAUACAAAGAGCUGCCGUUAAAAUUACAAGGGAGAUUCGUUUCAUACUUCCAGUUCAAAUUCCACAAGUACUUCUUCAAGGACUCCGACAUAAAUAACAUGAUAUCCCCAUUCAUAAGACAGGAAAUACUAAUGCACGUUACGAGAAGACACAUAGAGAAGGUGGACUUCUUCAGGCACCUCCCCGAAAACGUUCUAAUGAAGGUCGUCGCUCAGCUCAAGACUGAGAUUUACUUGGCUGGGGACGUGAUCAUCAGCGCGGGGACCAUCGGUACCAGCAUGUUUUUCAUAUACCACGGCACCGUCGCCAUUUUUACACCUAGUGGUAAAGAGAUUUGCCAUCUGGAGGACGGCGCCCACUUCGGCGAGAUAGCCCUGAUCCUUAGCGAGACUCGAGUAGCCAACGUCGUAGCAGUCACGGCCAGCGAACUGUUCACGUUGAGGCGUACCGAUUUUUUGGAGGCAAUCGACCCAUAUCCCGAAUGCAAGGACCAACUUAUGCUGCUAGCUGCAGAGAGGCUGCAUAAGGCCAUUACUCAUACGUAA